CUGAACCUCUGCGGCGCCCUCUGAUGGUCCGGCAGCUCUCAGUUCAGCUCAUCAUCUUCGUCACGGUCGCCUGCUCGGCUGCAGCAGGGCGGAGGUGUCAGACCGGCAGGUGGAGGCCUCUCUGCUGGGCGGAGCUCAGCGUCAGCAGCUUCCUCAGGUGAACCAGGACCAGGUGCUUCAUGCUGCCCGGAGGCUUGGGGCGAGCCACAGCAAUGGAUUCUGGGAGGUCAGGUACUUGUUUGGACUCAUCGGAGGUGAUCCAGGUGCCACCAUGUGUCCUGGGCUGCUGCUGCUGCUGCUGCUGCUGCUGCCAGCACUGAACUCAGAAUUCACGGCCUCUCUACCUGAAGACAACACUGGUCGGGAAUUCAUUGUUGCUUUUCCAGAGAGCAUUGCCUUCUAUUAUCCCAAUCCGUCCCAGAACACGGUCCAAAUCACUGCCUUGUAUGAUGAUACUCAGGUCAACAUCACAUAUACUAAUAAUUAUAAUAAUAACUAUAUGCCAAUCCAAAAAUCAACACUGAAGGCAGGAGAGACUACUGAAGUCAUAGUUAAUGCAACCCUGGAGCUCUCGCAGUCACCACCCUCCUCUCCUGUCCUCAAAACUCUGAAAAUUACCAGCGCCAAAAAUAUUACCGUCAGUGUCGUCUACCGUAAAAAGAGCAUCCUCCAGACUGCUCUGGUCGUACCUAUGGACCAACUGGGCACACAGUACCUCGUCCCGCCGAUACCCAAGGUCAAUGGAACCAGUUAUCCUGCAGAUAUGGUCACGACAGAUGUAACCGAAAGAAACCCAUUCAAACUCAUUUUCGUCAAUGGGGACAAAGACAACAUCGUAACUGUUAAUGGUGCAAAAGGCCAGAAAUUUGUUGUUCAGCCCUACAGGGUCGCUCAGAUGUGGGUAACAGAAGACGACAAAUUGACAUAUGUGAACGCCAACCAGCCGAUUGCGGUCCUCUUUGGUCACACCUGCGCCAUCCGGGAAAAGUGCACCUGUGGGAUGCUGUACACGAUGCUGCCAGCAGCCAACCAACAGAUGGACACGUUCUACAUUCCUCCUGUUCUGGCCAAGGGUGCUGAAGAUGACACAUUUGUGCUUCUGUCAGAGAAAGGCUCCACCACCAUACAGGCCUUCGAUCCAAACAAGCCACUAGUUGAGACAACCGGCACAGUCGUCCUCUACCGUCCGGGCUUACUCCUCACGCUGAUACCAGAGAUGGACUUCGCCGCCUGUUAUGUAAUCAACUUAAAGAACCUCAACCUCGACCUCAACGUGCAGAACUUCGCCGUUAUCGUGGUUCACAAGGACUUCACAGAUGGGGUUCAUGUUGGAAGGCUUCCUUUGCAGAAUCCACAGUGGCAGAUGCUGAAUGGAACAAACUAUGUCUCAACAUAUGGUGGUCUGCAGCCGGAUUCGUUGGGUAAGAGCGUCAUCUGGCACGCUUCUUCCACCAUGGCUGUCUACUUUGUGGGAAAUACGACAGGAGCUCUGUUUGGGAACCCAGCAGCCAUCAUCAGCAAAACCCCAGAUUUCUGGGGUUGCGCCUUGAGGCCAGAGAUCAUAAAAAUUGGAGAAGAGGCGCUUAGCUGGCAGGCAUCCAUUAAGUACUGCAGUGACAAAAACCUAAAGCUGGUCACCUUCAACAACGCCCAACUCCAGGAACACGUCUACAAUGAAAUCAUCGAGGCCAAGAAUGCCAGCCUGCAGGAGGUGUGGAUCGGCAUGCGCCGGAGCUCCCUGACUGGGGAGUGGUACUGGCUGGACCAGACUCCAGUCACAUACACCAACUGGGCGGAGGGGGAGCCCGGCGGGGUGUCUGAUGGCCAGUGUGCUAUCAUGAGUCUGAACAGCGAGGCGUCUGGCUGGCGUGACAAGGACUGCUGUGUGGCCACUCAUCCCGUCUGCUACAGAGAGCCCAUCCUCUUAUCCAAUUAGUGGGAGGAUCCUUUCCAAAACCACAAAGCUGUGGAUGUCUUGUCCUAAUGUUUUUAGUACUAUUAGCAUAACCAGCUAUUUCCAAUAAUAUUAUAGUUUAGAUUAAAGCAAACUUGGGAUUUGUAGCCCAGAGGAAAGACAACUGGGUUGAAAAUGUAACAUCAGCUUUAAGGUCUUUGCACAAAAAACCCUUAAGAUAAGAUUUUUCUUAAAGUCUGAGUUAAGGUUUCCUUAAAAUACAUUUGGUUGCACAAAACACCCUUAAAUCUUCUCCUUAAGGUUAUCUUAAAAUCUUCACUUAAGUAUUUGAGGUUUUCUCCUUAUCUUGGUCUUAUACUUAAGGAAUCCCUUAAGUGUGUUAAACCAUUGCAUAAAAGACCUCAGCAACCAAACUAAGCAAAAGAAUUUAAGGGACCUCUGACUUUAUCUUAACUGCAACACGGUUGACUUUAUGGAAAUUUACAUAUCCUGAGAAGAGUUCCACGACUGGGAGAAUCCAAUAGAUCCGCUAAACGAUGAGCAAAACAUCGCUAGCUAGCAUCCAGUCUAGUUUCGAUCUAUAGCGUAAAUAAAGUUAUUCUCACCAGUUUUAUUGGGUUCCCUUUUAUAAUUGUUGAUCUCUUUUUUUGGCAACAACAUACUUAUUAUAUGGAUCUGGAAGGUCAUUGAACUCUUGUGGGUUCGGCUAGUGACUCCAAGCUAGACCUGUCUUACCUUUCCCUGUUACAUCAAUUAAGCCCCCUAACAAAUAUCUUUAACAGCUUUAACCAUCUGAAAUUUUCAAAUCUCAAAUAAGCAGCCAACACCUGCAGCAGGUAAACAGCAUGACCGGUUUAUGAGCUUUUUAGGCUUUUAGAUGCAGUUAUAAAGAAAAGAACAGCAUAUACCAGUUAAAGGAAAACCAUUAAUGCUGAGUGGAAUGGGAAUAUGUAGCUGUGGCCAUCUCACCUGCUGGCUUUUCUUUAAAGGUUUGUGGCUUUUUGACAUUUAUAUGGCAUGAUAAUAUUUAUAUGGUGAAAUAAAUGUCAAAGUAAGAUUCUGGUCUUAACUCAGAUUUGAUGGGAAAUGUACUCACUGAUUUUUGGCCUAACUGGCUAAUGUAGUAGAUAUUGAUUAGGAAUGAAUUGAGUGUUUAAAUGGAGUCUGUGAUCUGAUUGGCUAAAGGACUCUUUUGUGUCUUUAAUUCAGCAGCAGCUUGUAUUUCAUUAUUAAAAAUAGCUUUAAAUUUCAGAUGUAGGUAGAAAACACUGCCUGGACCAUUAAAUCCAUUAUAACGUGUGAAACUCGA